UGGCUGCGCAUGCGUGACCCACAACGAGCGUGCACAGGGCGGCGCGGCCCCCUCCCUUCCUACCCCGGAAGCCUUUCCACGUUUCCUCGCCUCGGGUUGGCUGCACUGCUCGGCCAGUAGGCUCCGCCGUUGUUGGCGAGUGGGCGCUAAGGGGCGAGGGCAAGAUGAACGGCGCUCAAGCUCAGGCGUGGAGCAGGCGCUUUGCCACCAUGUACGUGCUGGGCUCAGGGAGUCUGCUGGGCUGCGCCGUCUGCUACGACAGGUUGAGCGGCGAAGGCAACUUGCACCAGAGGCAGCCUAACGUGGGUGGAGAACAAAUAAGUUCCAUUGGACGGGGGAUCUGUGUGUUGCUGGGUAUUUCUUUGGAGGACACUCAGAGAGAGCUGGAACACAUGGUUCGAAAGAUCUUGAACUUGCGUGUGUUUGAAGAUGAAAGUGGGAAACACUGGUCUAAGAGUGUGAUGGACAAGCAGUACGAGGUGUUGUGUGUCAGCCAGUUCACUCUUCAGUGUAUCUUGAAAGGCAACAAGCCAGACUAUCACAUGGCUAUGCCCUCAGAACAAGCAGAGCCAUUUUACAACAACUUCCUAGAACAGCUUAGGAAAGCCUACAAGCCAGAGCUUAUUAAAGAUGGCAAGUUUGGAGCAUACAUGCAAGUGCACAUCCAGAAUGAUGGCCCCGUGACUAUUGAACUGGAGUCCCCUGCAGCCACUGUAGACCCAAAGCAGGUGAGUUGUUGGAAGGCUCUGAUUCAGGGGAAGGGGAAAGGCCUCCCAUUGCACGACAGCACAUAG